ACGACCCGUCGUCAAUUAUUCCUUACACAGAGUAAGGUGUGUAGAUGAUAUCAUAAUGACAGGCUUCAGAUGUGUAUGAUAUCCUAUCAGUGCGCGUGACUGCAGAAGGUUGAGCAAACAAAGCGUCACGUGAGGGCCGCUUGUUUUUCCUGUUGUGGUUUACACAAGCACGGCUUAACACAGACACUGGCAGGAAUGGCUCUACUCGUUUUAUUAUGUUUGCUUGGUCAUGUUUGGAACCUGCAGGUUUCUGCUGCGCCGGUUAAUAAUGCCUUCAAACACCUGCAGAGCGCAGCUAAAUUCUGGCAUAUCUCUGACCUGCACUUGGAUCCAACCUACCAUAUCACAGAAGACCACACCAAAGUCUGUUUUUCCUCCAAGGGUGUUCCUGCAUUGGACCCAGGAGUUUUUGGUGAUUUCCUGUGUGAUUCCCCGUACCAGCUCAUUCUCUCAGCAUUCAGUUACAUGAAACAAGCAGACCUGCAGCCUGAUCAGUUGCCAACAUCCGCAAAUGCGAUUUACGAUGCUGUAGCCAAACUUUGGUCUCCGUGGUUGAACCCAGAAGCUGUAGCUACUUUGCAAAAAGGUGGCUUUUACUCUCUUGUGAUCAAACCUGGCCUCCGUCUGGUGAGUCUCAACACAAACCUGUACUACAGUCCUAAUCAAGUGACUGUAAAUAUGACUGACCCUGCUGGGCAGUUCCAGUGGCUGCAGGAAACACUUGAGCUGUCAAGACAAAAGCUGGAAAAGGUCUAUGUAAUUGCUCACGUCCCCAUCGGUUACCUACCCUAUGCUAUAAAUACAACAGCCGUCCGGGAAAGCUACAAUGAACGACUGGUCAAAAUAUUUCGCUACUACAGUGACGUCGUUCAGGGUCAAUUCUACGGUCACACUCAUCGAGACAGCAUAAUGGUUCUGCUGGAUCAACAAGGGAAACCUGUGAACUCUAUAUUUGUCACACCUGCUGUUACACCUAUCAAAAGUCUGUUGGAGCCAUAUUCCAACAAUCCUGGCGUCCGUGCGUAUUUGUACCACCCUGAGAAUUAUGGUUUACUGGAUAUUUGGCAAUUCUAUUUAAAUCUCACAGAAGCAAACCUGGAACAAAAAUCAGACUGGAAGCUGGAAUACAUUAUGACUGAGGCUUUUAAUAUUGAUGACAUUCAGCCCCACAACUUGCAUGAACUUGCUCUUAGGUUCGAGCAGCCACAGAGCAAAGACUUUGACAAGUAUUUUAACCAUUUUAUGGUGAGCUACAACUUCAGCCUCACAUGUGAGGGCUUAUGCAAAACGAUUCAGGUGUGCGCUGUGCACUUUUUGGAUCAAGAAACCUACUCGCAAUGUAUUGCCAAAGCAGGCAUAUAGAGUAAGCUGUUACAGUUCUAGAGCAUAUACUUGAAUUACUAACUUCAAACUUGAUCAACUCUCUAAAAAGAUGAUUUUAAACUUUUGAUUGAAAAGAAAUCAGGGAACCUUUUAUUUAAAGAAUAAUAAUAUUAGAGUGAAUCUCAGGAAAACAUCUCACUUCACCCCAAAACCAAAAGGUGAAAAAAGCUAUUUGAAAUUCUCAUUUAUAUAAAGAAAAUGAAGCCUAAUUUAAGACCAUGAACUUUAUUUAUAUAUAUAUUUUUUGUACUGUUACUUUAUAAUUAUGACCAUUUAAGCAUGAACUUUUCCCCACAGAAA